CGACGCGCGGGGGAAGAUGGCGGCACUAGUGAGAGGCCCUGGCUUGGUCGAGCGCCGGUUGCUGCCCGUCUUCCAGAUUUGGGACAUUGACUCGCGGCGGUGGGUCCGGGCCCUGCGGCGGAGCCCCGUGAAAGUACUGUUUCCGUCGGGACAGGUGGAGGAACGGAAGCCCGGGCCUGGGAAGCAGCCCCGGAAGGCGGCUGAGAUCCGUUCCCACGAGCAACGACCGAAGCAGCCACUUCAAAAGCACCCAUUCCAGGCGCCCAGCACCUGGGAAGACUUGGGGCUUCGCUACGAUAAGGCUUUACCCGGCGACAGGAGGCUGAGCACCGUGAUGACAAUUGUUAAGUCCAGGCCUUUUCGGGAAAAGCAUGGGAAGAUUCUGUUGGAAGGUCGCAGGCUGAUUGCAGACGCACUCAAGGCUGGUGCCGUGCCACAGAUUUUCUUCUUUAGCCGUCUGGAAUAUAUAAAGGAGCUGCCAGUUGACAAGCUGAAAGGUGUCAGCCUCAUUAAGGUGAAAUUUGAGGAUAUCAAGGACUGGUCGGACCUAGUAACACCACAAGGAAUAAUUGGGAUUUUUGCCAAGCCCGAUCAUGUUAAGAUGACAUACCCAGAGACUCAGCUUCAUCAUUCACUGCCCUUAUUGUUGAUUUGUGACAAUCUCCGUGACCCUGGGAACCUGGGGACGAUUCUGAGAUCGGCUGCUGGGGCAGGCUGCAGCAAGGUGUUACUCACCAAAGGCUGUGUGGAUGCCUGGGAACCCAAAGUGCUGCGGGCUGGAAUGGGUGCACAUUUCCAAGUCCCCGUCAUCAACAACCUGGACUGGGAAACACUGCCUGACCACCUGCCCCCUGACACCCGGGUCUACGUGGCUGACAACUGUGGCCUGUAUGCCCAGGCCAGGAUGUCUGACAAAGCUAGUGACCCCAGCCGACAUCUCUUGAAAUUUCACAAAUAUGAGGAGGAAGCAGAGGAGGAGGAUUUAGAAACUGAAGACAAAGGCUGGCUGCCUGAACUUGAGGUCCAGAGUUAUGAUGUGGACUGGACAGAGGCACCAGCAGCUGUGGUGAUCGGUGGGGAGACUCAUGGUGUGAGCCUGGAGUCCCUGCAGUUGGCGGAGAGCACGGGGGGCAGGAGGCUGCUGAUCCCCGUGGUGCCUGGUGUGGACAGCCUCAACUCCGCCAUGGCUGCAAGCAUCCUGCUUUUUGAAGGGAAAAGACAACUGCGGAUUAGGGCAGAACACUUCAGUAGGGACAGGAGUUACCACUGACAGCGACAUGCAAGUCAGUCCUUGAGGCUCAGAUUGUCUUCCAGCUCCUUCUCCAUUGUCAGGGGCUGACAGUCAGUACUGACUUCCUCGGGCCGUGUUCAGGAGGCAGGCACGACACCAUGAUGUUGUUACUGGAAAAGUAAGAAUUUUCAGGAAUUUCUGCUUAUCCUCAAAAAAUAAGAAAGGUCAGAUUUCUUGCCAAGAUUUUCUACCUCCCCACCAGUUCUUAGUUUUACGCACACAUUUUUUUUUUUAAUGGCAACAACAAAAAUCUUCACGUCUUUAUAUGCAUACUAUGUUUUUAGAAAUGGUGUAGUAGGAUUUUUGUUUCCAGGGUGUCCCUGAAGGCGUCACCAUGGGAAGACUUGUUUCUUUUGAGUGUGUUGUAGUCAUCAAGUACUGGGUAUGGGUUAGGCCCACUUGCUUGCUUCUGACGAUGGAUCGAUGGAAAAUAAAUUGUGGAGAUCAGAAAUUACAUUAAAAAGCUAUAUUUCACUGUCAUCAGUGGAUCUCAGCACCUGUCUUGUUAUGUUUGGCCCAGUGAUGUCACUGCUAAGAGAUGAGUGAUGCUAAGCAUGAUAGCAUUCAGAGCCAGCAAUUCUUACAACUGUCUGUGUCCAUCUCUGAUUAUUCUUCAGCAUGCAAGCUUUGGCUUAAAUUGUCACUAUUGUGUGUAUCACCCAAUUUCCCGCCUUCCUGGUGAAACAGUUUAAUUCCUCAGGUGAUGUUACAUUAUUUAGCACUUCUAGAGGGUCUUUUAAAGAACUCUUUGUUCAGAAAAGGAAUUUUUAAA